AUGAUCCACAAGAAAAGAAUGAAGCAAGUUUUAUUAAUUUUAGUUUUAUUCGUUUUAGUUUUCUCAGUUUAUAAAAGUAUAUCAACUGAUGAACAUAAUAGCAUUAAUCUAAUAUAUCAUGAUGAGUUUGCGGAGAAGAUGAUCGAUAGUAAUACUGACGAAGAAUUAAAAUUAGCACAAGAUAAGAUUAAGAAAUUAGAGGAACGACUUGAUGAUCUUGAGUGUAGGAUACCAAAGAAGUAUGAAACAGUCAAAUUUUUAAAUUAUCAAGUCCGAAAGCGGAUUCUCGUGACAGGAGGCGCAGGAUUCGUCGGAAGUCACUUAGUCGAUUAUUUAAUGAAACAGGGUCACGAGGUUGUGGUAGCCGACAAUUUUUUCACAGGAAGUAAAAAAAAUGUCCGACAUUGGAUUGGACAUCCGAAUUUUGAACUUAUACAGCAUGACAUUGUCAAUCCAUUAUAUAUCGAGAUAGACCAAAUUUAUCAUCUCGCAUCGCCAGCAUCUCCAAUACAUUACAUGUACAAUCCUGUAAAAACUAUUAAGACUAAUACUUUAGGAACGAUUAAUAUGUUGGGUCUUGCAAGAAGAGUUGGAGCCAAAAUUCUGAUAGCUUCAACAUCAGAAGUAUACGGUGAUCCAGAUCCAAGUCACCAUCCUCAAUCAGAAUCUUAUUGGGGUCAUGUGAAUCCAAUUGGACCACGUGCAUGUUAUGAUGAAGGCAAGAGAGUAGCUGAAACUCUCAGUUAUGCUUAUGCAAAGCAAGAGAAGGUUGAUGUGAGAGUUGCGAGAAUUUUUAAUACUUAUGGACCUCGAAUGCAUAUGAAUGAUGGACGAGUUGUUGGAAACUUCAUUCUUCAGGCAUUAAAGAAAGAGGCAAUCACAGUUUAUGGUGAUGGAAAGCACACUAGGAGCUUCCAGUAUGUCAGCGAUUUAGUUGAUGGAAUGGUUAUGCUAAUGGACUCAAACUAUACACAACCUGUCAAUUUAGGAAACCCUCAGGAACACACAAUUCAGGAAUUUGCCGAAAUAAUUAAAGAGUUUCUCAAUGUGAAAUCUGAAAUUCAGCACUUAAAUGGGGUCGAAGAUGAUCCACAAAGACGAAAGCCUGACAUUUCAAGAGCCAAAAAGGUCCUUGAUUGGGAACCAAAAGUUUCACUCAAGAAGGGCUUACAACUUACAAUUGACUAUUUUAGGACUGAACUCGAAACACAGCAACUUGAUGUUGAACAUUUAGAUGCACUUUAG